AGUCGUACGGCCAUGUAUAGAUGGAAAGUCUUUCCUUUCCAUCUCGCAAUCGUUUAAUUUCCUAGCUCAAAUCAAAAUCUACAAUUUCUUUCGCGGGAGAACAGGGGGAUGGAGAAGGCGAUUGAGAGACAAAGGAUUCUUCUCCAGCAUCUCCAGCCAUCUUCUUCGAACGGAUCUUCCGUGCUUUCGGCAUCGGUUUGUGCUGCUGGGGAUAGUGCGGGGUACCACAGAAAUGCUUCAUUCGGUGAUGAUGUUGUGGUUGUUGCGGCUUAUCGAACUCCAAUAUGCAAAUCCAAGCGAGGUGGCUUCAAAGAUACACAUCCAGAGGACUUGCUUGCCACUGUGCUCAAGGCUUUGGUAGAGAAGACAAACUUGAAUCCAAAUGAGGUUGGCGAUAUCGUGGUUGGAACGGUCCUAGCUCCUGGCUCUCAGAGAGCCAUUGAGUGCAGGAUGGCAGCAUUCUAUGCUGGAUUUCCUGAGACUGUUCCCCUUCGAACAGUUAACCGGCAGUGUUCAUCUGGUCUACAAGCAGUUGCUGAUGUUGUUGCUGCUAUUAAGGCUGGUUUCUAUGACAUUGGAAUUGGUGCUGGACUGGAGUCUAUGACUGUUAAUGGGCCUGGCUGGGAUGGUUCUAUAAACCCCAAAGCGAAUGCAUUCCAGCAAGCUCAGGAUUGCCUUCUUCCCAUGGGAAUUACAUCUGAAAAUGUUGCACAUCGGUUUGGUGUGACUCGACAGGAACAAGAUCAAGCUGCUGUUGAAUCUCAUAAGAAGGCGGCUGCAGCAACAGCUAAUGGUAAAUUUAAAGACGAAAUCAUUCCUGUGACAACAAAGAUCAUUGACCCGAAAAGUGGAGCUGAAAAACAAGUUACGAUUUCCAUAGAUGAUGGCAUACGCCCAGAGACAUCUCUUUCAGGAUUGGCAAAACUUAAACCAGCCUUUAAGAAGGAUGGAAGCACGACCGCUGGCAAUUCAAGUCAAGUCAGUGAUGGUGCCGGAGCUGUACUUUUGAUGAGAAGGGAUGUAGCUGUCCGAAAAGGGUUCCCAAUUCUUGGAGUAUUUAGGAGUUUUGCUGCUGUUGGAGUGGACCCGGCUAUAAUGGGUAUUGGUCCUGCUGUUGCAAUCCCCGCUGCUGUAAAAUCUGCUGGCCUUGAGAUUGAUGAUAUAGAUCUUUUUGAAAUAAAUGAGGCUUUUGCUUCUCAAUUUGUAUAUUCAUGUAAGAAGCUUGAGCUGGAUCAUGCUAAAGUUAACGUCAAUGGAGGUGCCAUUGCUCUUGGGCAUCCUUUGGGUGCUACAGGUGCCCGUUGUGUGGGUACUUUAUUACAUGAGAUGAAGCGGAGAGGCAAAGAUUGCCGGUUUGGAAUAGUUUCUAUGUGCAUAGGAUCUGGAAUGGGCGCUGCUGCUGUAUUUGAAAGAGGUGAUGCUGUCGAUCAACUCAGCAAUGUAAGGCAGAUUGAAACCCCCAAAUUCUUGUCUAAGGACGCCUUAUAGAACUGGUUUCCUUUCGGGAGUCGAUAAUUAAAUAAAUGAAGCGUCUCCAUAGAUAUUCGUAUUAUCUAAGAGGCUCUUUCAAUUCGUGUUGUUUAUGAAUGGAACGAGUAAAGAUGUUUGUUUAUUAGUACCUACCCUUAUAUUCCUCCAUCUUAUGUUCAAAUAUUUCAUUCAUAUUAUAUAAUCGGUUUUAAAC